GGAGACGCGUUGGCAAUUUCCUAAACAUCAUUCGAGGCGAGAGAGAGGUGUGUGUGUGUGUGUGUUGGAUGUGACACCGGUCUGGAAGGCGACUCCCCGAAACAGAAGAUAGCUGGACGCCGAUUUGACAUGAGCAGGUUGCCCUGACAUGGAAAAAGAGAUGAUUCCCAAAUUUACGUCAAAGGAUGAGGAAGUUGAUUACUGGAAGUCCCAAGCCCUCAAAUAUAAGAAAAGUUGCUAUGAUGCCCAGGAGGAGCUGCAGGAGUUCCAGGAAGGGAGCCGGGAGCUGGAAGCUGAGUUGGAGGCCCAGCUCAGCCAGGCUGAACACCGCCUGCGAGAUCUCCAAAUUGAAAACGAGAGACUGAAGAACGAGGUGUCCAACCUCAAGGACAAGCUGGAGCAUCAGUAUGCCCAGAGUUAUAAACAGAUUUCCAUGCUAGAGGAUGACUUGGGCCAGACACGCAGCAUCAAGGAGCAGCUCAACAAAUACGUCCGAGAGCUUGAGCAGGCCAACGAUGACCUGGAGAGAGCCAAAAGGGCAACAAUUGUGUCUCUUGAGGACUUUGAGGGCCGUUUAAACCAGGCCAUUGAGAGAAAUGCCUUCCUGGAAAGUGAGCUGGACGAGAAGGAGUCUCUUCUAGUGUCUGUGCAGCGGCUGAAAGAUGAAGCACGAGACCUGAGACAGGAGCUGGCAGUACGGGAGCGGACUACAGACAGGAUGUCAGCACCGAGCUCACCCACUUUAGACAUCGACAAGAUAGAUUCUGCAGUACAGCCCUCUUUAUCCCUCCCAGCCACACCCGUAGGAAAGAGCAUAGAGCACCCCUUCAUCAGCCCAAAAGCAUUGACCAAUGGCUGUGGCAACUCAUCCCUCACUCCUUCUGCUAGAAUAUCGGCUCUUAAUAUUGUUGGUGAUCUCCUGAGGAAAGUUGGGGCUUUGGAGUCCAAAAUCGCCGCCUGUAGGAACUUUGCCAAAGACCAGGCAGCAAGAAAAAAUUACUCUACAGAAAACGGCAAACUCAUCAACAGCAAUGCCACAAAGUUCUCUCAUUCUCUACAUACCACUUACUUUGACAAAACGACUGUUAAUGGAUUGGACCCCAGCUCCCUGACCUCCAUGGCGACAUCCAGAGUUGUGUCUCCACCAGGCAUGCUGCCUCUGAGUGUGUGAGGCGGUCCCACACCACAUAAGCCUCUACUGAACCUCCUAUUCACCCCACACAAUGUGGGAACCGAGAGGACACUUGAAAGACCAUUGCAUUGUGUGCUAGGUGUAUGUGUGUGUGUGUGUGCGCGUGCGUGUGUGUGUGCGCGUGUGUGUGUGUGUGUGUGUGUGUGCGCCCCUGUUUGGGAUUGUGCUUUUCUGAAUGUGAUGUGUGGAGAUGGAGGCUUGACGAUACAAUGGACUUGCCACCAGUUUGCAGCGCGAAAUGCAUCUGUGAGUAGGUGCACAGUCAUGUGUGCAUAUGUUCCUACCACAUACAUGCAUGUGCCUAUAGCUGUACUGUACUGUACUUGUAUGAAUGCAAAUGCGUUGCUCUUUAGAUGUCAACUCCGAAGUGGCACCUUUAUACCCUUGGUUCCAUUGUUCACCUGAAGGCUACCAUCCCUGACAAAAGGUCCUCAACAGGCCACAGCUUCAUUUUUACCUUCUUUUCCUCCUGUAUUUUCACUUAUAUUGCACAGUUAAACUCUUAUCAAUUUAGAAUGUAUUAUAUUUAAAAAGGGAUGUGUUCAUUUUAAUUAAUUUAUCUCAGUAUGCUUUAAAAUGCAAUAUUUCCUAUUUGCUCGCAUGUGUGCAUAUGUAGUGUGGGGUUGGGGAGGUAUAGUUGCACCCCAUAUCCAUGACUGAAGUGAAUGUUGAUCGUUCAAAGCCAUGUAGCCAUAGCGCAGUCGUUCCUCUUGUUACUGGCUACUUGCUGUAUUUGGAAGUAGUCUCCGUGUUAAAGGUUGGAAAAAUCAGCUGGUUCUGUCCUCUGGGUUAAACCUGCACUUAAACAAAAAGCUCCUCACAGGUUUUGCUGCAGUCGUAUGUUUUCCUCUUUGGACAUCCAUUGAAAUUUCGAGGAAACAGUUUUGCCUUUUUUUAAAUGUUUAAUAUAUAGAUUUUAUAAACUAUUGUGACAGGCUCAUUUACCUCAUUCUGAUAUGUAAAUUAUACACAAUUGAUUUGCAAUAUAGGUAGCUAAAUUUGGCUUUAUAAAACUCUCUCAAAAGGAUACUCAAAACGAAGAUGACUGAAGGAUUAUUUUUAAGACUGUAUGUUAACUUUGGCUGGUGUUUGAAUCUAUGGUCCAUUGUGGAAUUUGUGUCAUGCAACAUAUUUGCUGAUUAUUUGUUAUUGUGUAAACUUCAUGUUAAUUUGACUUGAUUCUUUGAUUUUAACUGAUAUUGGCCAUGCAUUCACUUGUUUACAUGCCAAAAUUUUGUCUGAAUCCAUUUUGCCUACAUAUUUCUCAAUUUCAUAGAUCUUUGUGUCACCAUCUCAAAGCAUAAUUUGAAGCCUUUAGUAUUAUUUUUCUUUGAUAAUAUGAGAUGUCAUUUUGGGUGCUCUAUGAGCCUGUUACUAAAGUGCGUUCUACAGUCAGUGUAUAUAGCUUGUAAUGAUGGUAAUUUUGCCUACCAUAUUUGUACAUACUGACAUUCGGCAUUAAGGUCCUAUUUAUUUCAGAUUCUGUAUGGCAUGUUCAGAUAAUGAAUGGUUAAAGCCAUUGUGUUAUGAUAUCAAAUUGUUCAUCAAAAUUGUUUAAGCAAAUAAAGAUUGAGAUGACAACUA